CCGGCCUCCCCACUGCCCGCUCCUUCUCCCUACACUGGUCCUACUGGAGGUCUUGCUGAGCGUCGUGAGCCUGCGUCUCGCCCUGCGUCGCCUGUCCGUGCUGCUCGCACUAGUGGUCGUGGUUCGCGUCAGCGUCCUCCUCCUGUCCCUGGCACGCACCGGAUGUCUCUGCGUCCGUCCACUGCUCCUCUGCGUGCCCCUUUGCCUUCUCCUCCUGAGUCCUCUCUUCCUGCUCUUCCUGACCCGGAGUCGGACUCUCUUCGUGCUGCCAGUCCUACUGUCACGCGUCUCCUUGCUACUGUUGUCACUGACCCUUCCUUUGAGUCCACUGCUGCGUCUGCCCUAGUUACUGAGCUCGUCAACUUUGCUGCUCGAUGUCGUCUAGACUACGCUGCUAGUCUUGUUGCUGAGUCUGAGUCUGUCUGUCCUCCGUCCGUCGGGGGUGAGUGUGCCCUUGGCACGGACGUCCUUGAGGACAAGCAGGAGGAGUUCCAGUGUUUGGCUGCUGCUUCACCUCAUCUCGUGUCCGUACUGCUUACCCCUGAGGGAGACCCGGAUGCACUUGACAUCUCGACUCCGCGCUCUUACGCGGAGGCGAUAGAGGGUCCCUACUCCUCUCAGUGGCAGGCAGCUAUGGACGCAGAGAUGGCUUCCUGGAAGUCCACAGGCACCUACGUUGACGAGGUUCCCCCGCCUGGGGCGAACAUCGUCAGUGGCAUGUGGAUUUUCAGGGUGAAGCGGCCGUCGGGUUCUCCGCCUGUCUUCAAGGCGCGUUACGUGGCUCGUGGCUUCAGUCAGCGGCAGGGAGUUGACUACCUUCAGACCUUCUCUCCCACCCCGAAGAUGACCACUCUUCGGGUACUGCUGCACAUAGCUGCUCACCGCGACUACGAGCUGCACUCUCUUGACUUCAGCACUGCUUUCUUGCAGGGCAGCCUGCACGAGGAGAUCUGGCUGCGUCGCCCACCUGGCUUCACUGGGUCUUUUCCUCCUGGCACCCAGUGGAGCCUCCGGCGGCCAGUCUACGGUCUCCGCCAGGCACCGCGUGAGUGGCACGAUACACUGAGGACUACACUUGCGGCUCUUGGGUUUGCUCCCUCUACUGCCGACCCGUCGCUGUUUCUGCGCACCGACACUUCUUUGCCGCCGUUCUACAUCCUCGUGUACGUCGACGACUUGGUCUUCGCCACAGCUGACACUGCUGGACUCGCCCACGUGAAGUCCGAGCUGCAGAAGAGACACACGUGCACAGACCUGGGUGAACUGCGCAGCUACCUUGGCUUGCAGAUCACCCGGGACAGAGCACGCCGCACCAUUACCCUGACUCAGUCACACAUGGUGCAGCAGGUCCUUCAGCGCUUCGGCUUCACGUACUCCUCGCCUCAGGCCACUCCUCUGCCUACUCGCCACUCGCUCUCAGCUCUGCCUUCGGAUGAGUCCGUAGAGUCGAGUGGCCCGUACCCAGAGCUUGUUGGCUGCCUCAUGUACCUGAUGACCUGCACACGACCUGACCUUGCAUACCCUCUUAGCAUUCUUGCACGCUAUGUUGCUCCUGGGAGACACAGACCGGAGCACAUGGCUGCAGCGAAGAGGGUGUUGCGCUACUUGUGCAGUACGUCGGGCAUGGGGCUUGUGCUUGGAGGGCAGAGUCCAGUGGUCCUCACUGGGCACGCAGACGCUUCUUGGGCUGACGACCAGGCUACGCAGCGGUCGUCACAGGGUUACACCUUCAGCCUUGGUUCCGGCUCUGUUUCGUGGCGGGCUACCCGCUCGUCUUCUGUUCUCGGCUCCAGUUGUGAGGCUGAGAUCUACGCCGGGGCCAUGGCUGCACAGGAGCUUCGCUGGCUCACCUACCUGCUGACUGACCUCGGAGAGCCGCCUCGUUCUCCUCCAGUGAUGUACGUAGACAACAAGGCCAUGCUGGCCUUGUGUCGAGAGCAGAGACUGGAGCACAGAACGAAGCACAUUGCUCUCCGCUACUUCCUUGCUCGUGAGCUACAGCAGCGUGGUCAGCUGCGGCUUGCGUACGUGGCCUCUGAGGCCAACACUGCUGAUAUCUUCACCAAGGCACUUGCGCCUUGUGAUCAUCAGCGCUUCUGUACUCAGCUGGGUCUUGUGCCUACCUUGCCUCACUUGCUCACCCCUUGA